GUGAGGGCCGGCUCGUGAAUCCCUCAUGGCUGACGGGCGACCCAGAACGGAGAGUGGAAAAGCAAAUCAAACAUGCCCUGGACAUAUUGGGCGGACCAGAGGAGCCGUGGUUGAAGCAGGCUGUGAAAGCCAAGUUUCUCGGCUGUAAGUUCAUUUUCCAGGAUGGACGAGAGGAUUAG